UCAUGAAGCGUUUAUUCUUACAUAUUGUACGGAUCUUAAACGAGCGUCAUUAUGCUAGCAGUGUUAGCAGGCCGUACUCGCUAACGUCAGCUAUUAAUGUCGAUGCUACUAAAACAUCUUUUAGUUGCUGCUUUUGCAGGCGUUUUGUCGCUUUAUAUAUUAUCCGUGUACGUAUUAGUUUUAAUUAUUUUGACACCAGGAAGUCAACGAUGACACGUCAUGUCUGACACGAGAAGAAAUCAGACAAAGUCCUUUAUAAUCUCUACUGUUCAUUGGAGUCCUGAGCAAAGUUGUUGUGUCUCAUUUAAAUCAUGGGUUAGGUGUGUGUUUUGUUUGCUGUAAUACAUGUCACCCUGUUAGUUUCAGUUUCACUUUGUGCACCAUUACGCCAUUACGACCACCAGCCACCGGCUGAUGGCAUAUUUAUUUAUCAGUUUACACAUAUUUUAUACAGCUUAUUUGACUUUUUUAUGUUGAUUCGUCUGUCUGCAUAAAAGUUUGGUGCGGCGUUACUGCUUUAUUUUCUUUUCUUUCUAUUAUUAUUAUUAUUUUUCUGUUCAACUUCUUUCCGAACACGGCGCGCUUAGUACGUCAUCUUAAGUACCCACGUUUACGGGCGCCAUAUUGGAGCGGUACAUAUCAAAAGCCAGGGAUGUCCAAACUGCGUUUAGAUACAAAGCUUUGUGGUGUUGUUAGUUACAAAUAUCAACAUUUCAGCAUUUUGUCUGUAUAUAAUGCUUUCUUCCUUUAUUUGUCUCAUUUUUGCUGUUUUUUUUGUUUAGUUGCAUGUGAAUUAAUACUUUUUUUUUUUUUUUUACAAUUAUAUGAAGAUUUGCCAUUAAAAAAUGUUGCUUUGUUGCUUCUUCUGUCGUCAUCAUUUUAUGUAAAAAAGUGAAAAAGUAGUGUUGUUUUCAGUAUAUAAAAAUGAAUGCAUAUUACCAAAAACAUAAUGACUGGGUGUAUUUAAUAACUUAGUUCUCCUGUGUGCAUGUCGGUUGUUGUUCUUUUAGAGCGUUUUGCUUUUGAAAGAAGGCUGUGAAACAUUUGUCCCCUACGGAGGACAAAAAUGCAUUGCUGGAUGACCGAUCAUGGAGAUGGUGAUGUCAACUGUGAUGCGUUUCAUUAUGCUGAACUUAACCGCGACAGAAUAUAUAUGGACUAUAAUGCUACAACGCCACUGGAACCGGAAGUGAUACAGGCUGUUUCUGAGGCCUUACAGGAUGCUUGGGGGAACCCCAGCAGCAGCUACCAAGCAGGCCUCAAAGCGAAGGCUAUCAUCAGUCAGUCCCGAGAGAAUGUGGCAAGGAUGGUCGGAGGCAAAGCAGAGGACAUCAUUUUCACCUCAGGAGGAACUGAGGCCAACAACAUGGUGCUUCACACUGCCAUAGAGCAUUUCAAGAGACACCAGAAUGGGAAGCUUCCACACAUCAUCACAACCAAUGUGGAGCACGACUCCAUUAAACUCGUGGCCGAGCACCUGCAGAGGGAUGGCAAGGCGGAUGUGACCUUUGUGCCCGUUUCCACGGUGACGGGCCACGUGGAGGUGAGCGAUGUCUUGGCCGCCGUGCGCCCCAGCACUUGCCUCGUGACCAUAAUGCUGGCCAACAAUGAGACGGGCGUCAUCAUGCCUGUCCGUGAGAUCUGCCAGAGUGUCAAGAGUCUGAACAAGCAGAGCCAGCGUCUCCGCAUCCUCCUGCACACGGAUGCUGCCCAGGCUCUGGGGAAGAUCCAAGUGGAUGUGGGCGACCUGGGUGUGGAUUACCUAACCAUCGUGGGUCACAAGUUUUAUGCGCCACGGAUUGGUGCAUUGUUUGUCAACGGCCCCGGAGUGACAACGCCGCUCUAUCCGAUGCUCUUUGGCGGCGGACAGGAGAGGAAUUUUAGACCGGGCACUGAAAACACACCAAUGAUUGCUGGACUGGGGAAGGCUGCAGAGCUGGUGACCACUCACGGUGCAUCUUAUGAGCGCCACAUGCUGGACAUCAAACUCUACCUGGAGGAACGCCUGAAGGCCACUUUUAAAGACAAGCUGCACUUUAACAGCCAUUUUGUGGGCUCAGAGCAACUUGCCAACACAUGUAACGUGUCCAUCCUGGGUGCAGGGUUACAAGGCUGGCGGGUGUUGUCACACUGCGAGAAGCUGCAGGCGAGCGUGGGUGCCGCCUGCCACUCCGACCGCGGAGACAGGCCUUCACACAUCCUUUUGAGCUGCGGCGUCCUCCCAGAAGUGGCAGCUAACGCCUUGAGGCUGAGCGUGGGCAGGAGGACUUGCAAAGCGCACGUGGAUGAGGUGGUGGAGGACUUAAAGAACGCCGUGGAACUGUUGGAGCAGACCAAGUAGACCCCACUGACGCUUUCUUCAUCCUUCCAAUUUUUGUUAUACUUCAUUGAAGGAUGGCACUCAGCAGAAGAACUACACUGUAUUUGAAUUUGCGUCUGCCCUCCUCCUCUGAAGUCAAGACUUAUGCAUAUUUCAUAUUUUAAUGCUGUGUCGUGUGCUGGUAUAACGGUAAAUAGAGAUUUUGGAUCAAAAUUUAAAGUUCUUUUUGGCCUUACCUAGCCGCAAAGUUCUGUGGAACCUAGUGAGGUACAGUAUUCCUUGCAUACUAACUAUUAAUCAGCCACAACAAAACACAUAAAACUCCAGAACAUGGGUUUUAAACGCCAAAAAUACCAAAUAAUCCCCCAAAAAUACUUAUAUAGUAUUAAAGUAAUUCCUUAUUUUACUCAAGCUGCCGCGUUUCCUUUAAAGCAGGGGUUUUCAAAGAGUGGCACAGCGUGCCUCCCCUCACAGAACAUAAUACAGCUGAUUUUCUGGAUCAUAUUGUGUUUUCUGCUCACUACACUCUUGAUUUUACUCUCUCACUGUAGAAACUAUGAAUCAGUCCAGUUUGCCUUUAAAAAUAACUGAAGUUCACUCAGCAGGUUAGAAAAUUCAUCUUUCCUUGAUUUUUCUCAAGCUUCUGCGCCGCUCCCGACGUCCCUGGGGAGGCCCGCCUCAUACUUUGAAACCCACUGCCUGCCCAAGAAUGCGCCAUUCAAUAAAUCGCCGCACAUUUAUGUUUCGUCAUUCGCUCCCUCGCAUUAUCAUUGAUUUCCUUUCUCUGCUUCGAAUUGUAAAUAUCUGUUUUUUUUAUGGUAACGUCAAUAGAAAAUGGUUUGAUGGCAAAAAAGAGUGGUGCAGCAGUGGUCGCCGUCCCACACGUCAAGUCUCUCAACAUUUUCCAGCAGGAUGACGCUCUGACAAGACAUGAUGAUGUGUAACUGCACAUUUUAUAAGUACAAUUGUAUAUACAGUAAUAAUGUGUCAAACGGAAUGUAUAUGUGUUUAAUGCUGUGAGAGGCGUGUUAUGGGGUUUAGAGUAUAAAAAAUGUACAUUUUUAGGGAUUUUUAUGGGUGUCUCAUAAAUACUUUGGCUUUAUUCCCCCAAAAUCUUUCCUCAAACUAAUUUUCUAAAAAUGACACGUUUAUUUUGUUUUGUUUCUCGUAAUAUUAAUAAUCGUAAUACUGUAUCAUAAAAAAUAACAUUUUUUCUUUAAUAUUUCACCUUUCUUCUUUUACAUUUUCUUCUCAUAAUUAGGAUUUUAUUCCUAUGAUGUUUUGUUUUUAUUUUCUUAAAAUUACAGCAGUUUUAUUUUGUUUCUGCUGUUGUUGUUUUGUUUUUUUUUUAAUUUUCCAGCUAUUUCAAAUGUCUUCUUUUAAAUUUUAAAUUUAGGACUUUAUUCCCAUAAUAUUUUGAUUUUAUUCCCAUAUUGUAACUUUUUCUCCAACCUAAUUAAAAAAAAUUACAUUGUUA